AUGGUUAAUGUAGAAGAUGAUGAUGAACCAGAAGAGGAAGAAUAUGCCCCAGAUGGCCGUUAUAUUCCUCGAUUAUUUAUUUUGAAUAAAGAAGGACAUCCACUAACUGUGGAUAAUGCUAAAAAUUAUCCAAACAACAAACAAUAUUUCCCACAAGUUCCAGAUGUUAUAAUUGCAAUGAAACUUGGACUUAAAAAGUUCGAAGGGUCAGAAGAAAGGGAAGAGGUUGUUGAGGAAGAAAAGAAAGUGAAGAAAGAUGAAAAAGUGAAGGAAAAGGAAUUAAAGGUAUUCGACAGUUAA